GUCCGGAUUCAGCAACUCUCGGAAGGGCCGGCGCAAUCCUCGGAUGCGACCUUCAAAAGGCUUUCCAAAGGAACCAACGCCCAGACGAACGGCGGGGUCAUCUUGCUCCAGCAGGUUUCAGCCAUCGUAGAUUUGGCAGACGCACACGCGGACAGCACGUGCCAGGGCGUUUGGGAUCCUGUCCCUGCCGUCUCCUUGGCAGCCAGCGGCAGUCCGGGAGUUGCGGCCCGAUCCCACUGCAAAGUCAGGAUUUGGGCCACUUUUGAAGCCCUCCGCCAUCAUCGCAGAAUGAUCCCAUCCCGGCGGCAAGUUCAGCGAGGGCAUUCCUCACCAAUUUUGAGAUCGCUGGUGGGUGGAUUCCUUGU